GCUCAAAGGUACCCCUUUGAUUUAAAAAAAAAAAAAUGCCUUUUAAAGCAUUUGAUACCUUCAAAGAAAAAUUUGUAAAACCUGGGAAGGAAGGAGUGAAGAACGUCGUGGGAGAUUCGCUGGGGAUUUUGCAAAGAAAAAUUGAUGGGACCAGUGAGGAAGAGGAUACCCUUGAGCUGAAUGAAGAAGGAAGGCCAGUUCCGGUGUCCAGGUCGAGUCACCCCCUCUGCGACUGCCACUGCUGUGGUGUCCCCAAACGUUACAUCAUCGCCAUCAUGAGCGGGCUGGGGUUCUGCAUUUCCUUUGGGAUUCGGUGCAAUCUUGGAGUUGCCAUCGUGGAAAUGGUCAACAACAGCACUGUGUAUGUUGAUGGAAAACCAAAAAUCCAGAUAGCACAGUUUAACUGGGAUCCGGAGACAGUGGGCCUUAUCCAUGGAUCUUUUUUCUGGGGUUAUAUUGUGACACAGAUUCCAGGCGGUUUCAUUUCAAACAAGUUUGCUGCUAACAGGGUCUUUGGUGCGGCCAUUUUUCUCACAUCGACUUUGAACAUGUUCAUUCCUUCUGCUGCCAGAGUGCAUUACGGCUGUGUCAUGUGUGUCAGAAUCUUACAAGGUCUCGUGGAGGGUGUGACCUACCCAGCCUGCCAUGGCAUGUGGAGUAAGUGGGCACCACCUUUGGAGAGAAGCAGACUGGCUACAACCUCAUUUUGUGGUUCCUACGCGGGGGCGGUGGUCGCCAUGCCCUUGGCUGGUGUGCUUGUGCAGUACAUUGGAUGGUCCUCAGUCUUUUAUAUUUAUGGUAUGUUUGGGAUUAUUUGGUACAUGUUUUGGCUGUUGCAGGCCUAUGAGUGUCCGGCAGCUCAUCCAACAAUAUCCAACGAGGAGAGAACAUAUAUAGAAACAAGCAUUGGAGAAGGGACACAUAUAGUCAGUUUAAGUGUGGGUCUCUUGUCAGCUGUCCCACACAUGGUGAUGACGAUCAUCGUGCCCAUUGGAGGACAAUUGGCCGACUAUUUAAGAAGUCGAAAAAUCUUGACCACAACAGCUGUCAGGAAAAUCAUGAACUGUGGAGGCUUUGGCAUGGAGGCGACCUUACUUCUGGUGGUUGGCUUCUCCCACACCAAAGGGGUGGCCAUCUCCUUUCUGGUACUUGCUGUGGGAUUCAGUGGCUUUGCUAUUUCAGGUUUCAACGUCAAUCACCUGGACAUUGCUCCUCGUUAUGCCAGCAUUCUCAUGGGGAUUUCAAAUGGAGUGGGAACCCUCUCUGGAAUGGUCUGUCCUCUCAUUGUUGGGGCAAUGACCAAGCAUAAGACCCGGGAGGAAUGGCAGAAUGUGUUCCUGAUAGCGGCCCUGGUGCACUACAGUGGUGUCAUCUUCUAUGGAGUCUUUGCUUCCGGGGAGAAACAGGAGUGGGCUGACCCUGAGAAUCUCUCAGAGGAUAAAUGUGGAAUCAUUGACCAAGAUGAAUUAGCUGAGGAGACAGAACUCAACCACGAGAGUUUUGUGGGUCUCCAGAAGAAGAUGUCUUAUGGGGCCACUACUCAGAAUAGUGAAGUCAGGAAGAAUGAGUGGAGAGGGCAGAGAGGAGAGACUGUCGAUGAGGAAGAGCUGACAUCCUACCAGAAUGAAGGGAAUCUCCCAGCUACAUCCUAAUGCCUGAGGGACACUUCACCUCCUCACUGUUGAACCAGAAAGUAUCCAUCCCUAUAGCCUU